AGUCUCUCUCUGAUUUUCCCCGCAGUGCCGUGAUUGAAGGAGCUGCCCUGCUGUUACACACUCACACACUCGUCGUGGGAUCACUCACACACACACACACACACUCGUCUCAGUAUGCUGGCUCUCCUGCUGUGUGCUGUGCUGGCUGUUCACGCUGACGCUCUUGACGUCCGUGUCCCAGUCACCCCUGCGGUGGCUCUGUUCGGGUCGGACGCCGUCCUCAACUGCUCUUUCUCAGGCGUCUCAGAGUUUAAUCUGUCUGAUCUGAGCGUGUUCUGGCAGCUCUCGGACACCAAGCGUGCCGUUCACAGCUUCUGGCAGAGCCGCGAUCAGCUGAGCGAUCAGGAGGAGCGCUUCUCCAACCGCACCAGCCUGUUCCAGGAUCAGCUUGUGUCCGGAAAUGCCUCGCUGCUGCUGAGGAGAGUGCGUGUGGCGGAUGAGGGAAGCUACUCGUGUUUCGUCAGGGUUCAGACGUACGGCAGCGCAGCCAUGCUGAUGCAAGUCGCAGCUCCGUUCUCCAAGCCGCUGGUCACCUGGGGCCCAGACUCGGCCCUGAAGCCCGGCGAUGCGGUGGCCCUCAGCUGCGUGGCGUACGGAGGUUACCCUGAGGCAGAGGUGCUCUGGCAGGACGGAGCCGGACACAAUCUGACCGACAACGUCACUGUCUCACAGGUGGCCAACGAGGAGGGUCUGUUCAGCGUGAAGAGCGUCCUGACGGUGAUCCUGGAGCCCAGCAGCACUUACAGCUGCAGACUGAGCCAGCCGCUGCUGGGAGAAGAAGCACAGGCGUCUGUCACCAUCAGCGCUCAGGGUCUGGUGUUUCCUCCGCUGGCGCUCUGGCUGACCGUGGCUCUGGCCGUGUGUUUGCUGGCUCUGCUGGUGGCUCUGGCCGUCGUCUGCCGCAGGAAGAUCAGAGAGAGCUGUGAGGAGAUGAGAGCUGAGGAAGAAGCCAAAGAACUCGAGGAAGCCAAAGAAUUAGAAGAAGCCAAAUCAGGUCGAGGCUGGACCAUCAGUGAUUGACAUGAGCAGGAACCAUCCGUCCGAUCCAGCAUCAUUUCAAACUCCCAAUGGGACUGAAACGUGAAGCUCCUCUUUCGUACUCUCCACUCUUUCCUAAACAACAUCAGGAGCGAUAAACUCAUCCUGAAAUCAUCAAACGGUGCGUGAGACACACCCAGCAUCCGUCUGAGAGAGUCUAGUGCUCACGUCUGUCAGCUCAAACAUGGCCAGAUGCAACUGAUUACAGAUUGUAUUUUGAAAUCCUGUUUUUUUUUUUUUUUUAUGUU